UCCUUCUUCCUUCCCCAACACAGCAUCAUCUCUUGUUUCAUCGCCCCGACUUCAGACACACACCAAAAAGCAAAAAAAAAAACUUUUUUUUUCGCUAAUCUUUUUAACCUUUUAUCCGAUUUAAACCUCACUUCAGUAUCAUCAGUUCCUCAAUCCAAAUGUGAAAAGCUUCAUUGUCAUCUUCUCCGAUUACAAUUAGGGUUACAAAAAUCAUUUUAAAAAAAAAACAUCAUCUUGAAAUCGAAAAAUGCGAUCUUUUUAAACAAUGGGAAACUGCAACACUAGAGACGAAGCUUCCGCCUUGACUCCUCAAGCUCAACCUCAAGCUCAACAGCUACAAAAGAAACACUCACGCUCCGUCUCAGAUCUGAGCGAUCCAUCAUCUCCCCAUCGCACUCCUCCUUCCGUCAUCCCCUUCACUCUCUUCGAGCUCGAGACCAUCACCAAGAGCUUCCGUCCCGACUACAUCCUCGGGGAAGGAGGGUUCGGAACUGUCUACAAGGGCUACAUUGAUGACAAUCUCCGCCUUGGUCUCAAGUCUCUGCCCGUUGCUGUCAAGGUUCUUAACAAGGAAGGUCUUCAGGGACACCGUGAGUGGCUUACUGAAGUGAACUUCCUUGGUCAGCUGCGUCAUUACAACCUCGUUAAGCUUAUUGGUUACUGUUGUGAGGAUGAUCAUCGUUUGCUUGUUUAUGAGUUCAUGCUUAGAGGCAGCCUUGAGAAUCAUCUCUUUCGAAAAACAACAGCUCCGUUGUCUUGGUCUAAAAGGAUGAUGAUUGCUCUUGGAGCUGCAAAGGGGCUUGCUUUCUUGCACAACGCUGAAAGACCGGUUAUUUAUCGUGAUUUCAAGACUUCCAAUAUACUGCUUGACUCGGACUACACAGCCAAGCUUUCGGAUUUUGGCUUGGCUAAAGCUGGCCCCCAGGGUGAUGAAACACAUGUGUCAACUCGAGUGAUGGGCACUUACGGCUAUGCUGCCCCAGAAUAUGUGAUGACUGGACACUUGACGGCAAGAAGUGAUGUGUACAGCUUUGGAGUUGUUCUUCUGGAGAUGUUGACGGGAAGAAAGUCAGUGGACAAGACCAGACCUAGAAAAGAGCAGAACCUAGUCGAUUGGGCUCGGCCAAAGCUGAAUGACAAAAGAAAACUGCUGCAAAUAAUCGACCCGAGGCUGGAGAACCAAUACUCCGUCAAGGCAGCUCAGAAAGCAUGCAGCUUGGCGUAUUAUUGUCUUAGUCAGAACCCCAAAGCUAGACCACUGAUGAGUGACGUGGUAGAGACUUUGGAGCCUUUGCAGUGUACAGGUGAUUCACUAAUCCCUGGUGGAGCUGCGUUUGCAAUGGGAGGGGUUCCUGAUUAUAGAAUGCACAGGAGGUUUGCAAAGAAUGUUGGUCCUGGUGCCAUUUGCAGGUCAUCACCUAGCCAAAGUUGUUCUCCGAGUGGACCUGCACCAUGCAGAGUGCGGUGAUUAAGUGUGUCAAGUGUACAUAAUCAAAUCAGUUCGUCUCCUUUUGGUGUAAUUUCUCUCAUCUGAAAAUAAUGGAUGCGGUUUGCUUCACGUUGUUUUUGUUGUUGCUGCUGUUUGUUUCCCCUCCACUUUACAGUGUUGAUCUAUCUUUUGUAUGACUGUGAUCUAGCGUGGUUGGUGUUUAAUCCACUCUCUGAUGUAGUGUGCUUGUAUUAGUCUGACAUUUUCUCUAAUCACUCCUAUGUGAAUUUUUGUGUGUGUAAGCAGUAUUGGUUUUCUUGGUAUCACAUCACCCAAUAUAUCUUCAACAUCUUGAUUCGGGA